AUGUUCAGAUUUUUCGGCUUUAGGGGGACGUUGGAACGGCUCUUCGAUCAGAAGAAAGAGAAAGAGAGCAGAAAGUCUCAGAUAAUCCACUGCUUAGAACGGCUUUUGAAAGAUUGGUCCAUCGAUGAAUAUGAUGAAUCCACCGAGUUGGCCAUUCUGACCAUUCUAGUGGCGAUGUUGUACACCCUCAACAAUGGCCAAUCAUCCUCCAUGCUACCACAAGACCGCAACUUGAAUUUGGCGCGCUGCGUACAACAAGCCAACCAAUGUGCUGCCGAUAUCAAAGCUCACAGCCCACAUCUGGCAAAGUCUCGUCCCUAUCUGCAAUGGCUAUUGGCAAAAGAACAUUUCAAUGGUCAAGGAAAUCCGAAUAUACUAUUUUCUGAACGGUGGGAAAUCCAAUUCCUGCGAUUCCCGGGACUAGCCCUCGAAAGAAAUUCCUUGCCGAGCUACAUACCUCUGGCGAUUGAGAACCCAGGAUGGCCGGUUCCAGAUCCCAAAUUUUCACCUAGUGAGAACUUACAGUGGGCACUGGAGGCAUCCAAGGAGCUUCUAGAUUACCGCACUCAGGCGAUGUUACUCAAAGAGAUUAUUUGUCGCGUGGAAGAUCCCCGUCUCUCGUUCGAGGAGUUGGACAAGCUGUCCGGACUUGUUCAAGGAGACCUUGUUCAGCUCUAUGAGUCUUGCCUCUCACAGUAUUUACUUACUACGGACAAAAUCUCUUGUCAAGAGCUUCUCAAGAGACUAAGAUCUAUAGCUUCCCAAUUCCAGACCGCGCCUGACGACGACGUUUGUGUGGCAACCCACUGGGAGGGUCUCAUGGUGCAAAAUGCUCUGGCUAAAUUAGUCUUCGAGAAUGCAGAGCUCAUUGGCGAAAAUGCCCGUCUAGCACAAAAGAUCUGCAAAAAUCUUCCCUUUUCUCAAACAAUAAUCGACAAAUUUUCGCAGUCAAUUUCUGCGGAUGAAGGUCCGCCAAGCGAUGGGUGGAUGCAGAGGGCAGAUAUUCUUAAGUUGCGACAAAGGAAUCGCGAUUUAGAAAGGGAGCUUCACGACAUGAAGCUACGCCGUGAAUUCAACAGCUUUGAAGACGCGGAAAGGCCGAAGGCUGGAGAAGAAGACAAUUGCAAGAAGCUGCUUGGAAAGACUUCGAACAGCUGCCGAGGCCGGCUAAAUGAUGCACCAUCAGGUGCCCCGGACUCAUCGCCGAACCAAGAACCAACCCUAGCUGAAAAUACUGAGCCUAAGAGCAGGAAAAUGGAUGAAAAGGGGCAAUCGGAGAACAAAGCUACUGAGGAUUUAAAUCCCAUGACGAAUGAACCAGACAACAUUGAUUGUGAUACACAUAUUGGUGAGGAAAAGAAGCCCCAGGCACUUGAAAAGCCUCACAAUUUUGCAACUGUCACAAACGCUCACGAUGAGCCAACAAGGUUCGCAAAGCCUAGCCAGUACCCAGCCAAUCUUUGUCAAUAUGAAAAAAGGACCCAUUUGAAGUCUCGAGCCGAGACCGCACAGCCUUCGGGAACCUUUGAGUCUGAUCAGCUCGCUCUUGAGAAGAACAUCGGCGAAGAGAGUGGGAGUUCAAGACCUGCCUCUCCGGCGCCGUCAUCAGGAUGA